AUGUCUGCCGAUGACCCAUUCUCCUUUCUGCCCGCGGAGCAGCCCAAACCCGCGAAGAAACCCCAUUGGAAAAAUAAACUGUUCUCCAAGGAUAAGAAUAAGGCUGCGUCGCAUCAACAUCAAGAAAUCGCAGACUUCCUGAGCUCUCGCACCCCGGAAUCAACUCCAGCUCCCCCGCCUAUCGACGCAAGAUACAUUCCUCCGCAAAACGUUGCCCACCGCUUUCCUUCCUCACAAGAUAUCUCUGGAUACCCUCCCUCCAAGCCAGUGCCUGUGCCGGCGCCAGCGCCAGCGUCAGCGCCAGCUUUGCCUCACGAGAACUAUGUCCCUUUCAAUUUCUCAGACCUAUCUCCUAGCGUGCCCGCCCCCGCUCCUGCCUCUGCCAAGCCCGGUGGGCGCAAAGGCAAAGGGCUGCGGGUGGGUUUCAGCCCGCAAACCCCAGAAGUGAUUGGCGAGGGAGGCGAUGAGACGGAGUCGCCAACUAUUGAGAUUUCGCGGGCUCGUGAAAGGUCGGACAGCAGGGGAACCCAGUCUGGCAAUAUCCCUGCGUCCCCCUCAGACCCUUCGCGAUCGCAUCUGCCAAAUCUGCGACUUGACACAUCGCUGGGCGAUGGCAAUGGGCGAUCCCGACAGGCGGCUUAUUCGCCUCAGCGUGAUAAAUCGGACUGGAAACCCCCGCUGAUGCAAAAUCCUCAGGAUGCAGACUUCCUGAGUACAUUGCCUUUGAGCGACAGCAGCUCUCGAUUGUCGUUCCGUGGCGAUACCGAGGCGAGCUCGUUCGCACAACGCGUCCGCGACAAGAUGCAAGCGGAGGAAGGUCGCGCAUUGCACCAUCGCUAUGAGGAAGAUCCAUUGUCUCCUGGAGCCGAAGACGAUGGUUUCUCAACUCCCCCCAGCCCUCCCAGCCCUUCUAGCCCGGAACCGCCCAUCAAAGCUUACAAUCCUGAAUCGGUCCACGAAAUAGCCCAAACGCCGGGACUUCCGCUUGCGCCGUCAAUCUCUCUGUCAAUGAGGUCUAUUGUCGAUUCGAUCCGGAACCCCCCAAGCCCCUCAACGCAACGUGCACCAUCGAAUCUCAGUCCCAUUGACCCACGAAUGCCCGCAAAUCUCAUCCCAGGUAGCCCCGGCAAGGUUUCACCAACACUGGCCAAACCGCCACUCCAGGACCUGCCUGCAUCAAACCAGAAAUCUCCGAGUCGCGAAGGUCAAGAGCCGCCACGCAGCGCCCAACCCCCCAAGUUCUCACUUCGAAAUAUUGCCAACCAAGUUGGCGAUACCGCAUUUUCUGAAUUCAAAGAGUACAAUGCACAAUAUGAGAGUUCUAUUAAACUCGCAGCAGAGGAUGUUAAGCCAUUGAUAGAAACAUCGCUAGCAGAAUGGAUUCGGGCUGCGGUUUGGUGGUUUUUGCGAGGAAAGACACGAUUGGAAGCAUAUGCCCGUUCCCGUUCGACACUGCCACCUACUUACGCCAAGCAAGCUGUGAUCGAUCUUGGAAAGGCAUUAUGGAUAAAUGAAAACGUUGUGCCCAGUCAUCAUGAACUCUCUCGAUACGGUGCCAUGGGCGUUGACGCCCUACUGGCCGUUGCGAGUACCACCGGCGACAAGGAGUUGGCUGAUAUUCUGAGUAUACAUCACACUCUCAUCAAUCACCUCCGGUCGCUGUCUAUGUCCAUCAAACGAAACAACAUCCUCUCCGUGGUUGUCUCGGACGAAGGCUCUCCCAGCCAGCUUGAUACUAGUAUCUGGCUGCGUUACCCUUUCUAUGCGCCCGACGUCUCAGCAGUCUUAUCUGGUGCGGCAACGCGAUCAAUGUUAGUAGAUAACGCGGGCAGGACUCCAAGUUUGGUCCAUAUGAUGCCUUUGGGUGACACAAGUCGAUACUUCAGCUAUGGUAGCAUGUUCGUGCAGGUCUGCGUCAGCUCCAGUGAUGAUGAUGGGCAACAGCAAUAUGCCAUGCCCUGCGCAUUGACCAUCGUCCGCGAACGAGCGGAUUGGUAUGUAUUUGCGGCAAUCACUAGCCAAAGUCAACUUGUCAACAUUUUGAUUCAGUCCGAUCGCAAGCAGGGACCGACUUGGGAGGAUGUGGAUUGGCAAGUCCGGUCCCAUUCUAUGCGAGUCAAGCUUCCUCGAGGAUUCGAGUUGGACGUCAUGUUUAAGGAAGACGAUUUUAAGACACUUUGGAAUAUUGUCAAAUACACGCAGAAGUCGGAGAACAGUCUCCAUCCGGAGGCAGGCGAGACUGUGGUAUUUGAGAAUACUCUCAAGGUUUUCCAAUAUAUGGAUCCGGGCACACCAAAGGCGUUCCCUCCAGACCCCACAGAAAGAUGUCGAGUCCGUUUGUUCGAGCGAUCUGUCACCGUGACAGAAGGCACUGGUACUCGCAAUGCGCAUCGGGGAUUCCGACUAGCUGUCCUGACCAGCCCGAAGGUCAAGACUUUGAGCAGCAUUCGCCAUACUUUAGGCAAUGGCUCACCAAUAGUGUUCGGUCUCUUGCGAGGAGAGGACGGUGCUCCCGCUCUUCUCCUCAAAGUAACCGAGGAUGGCCGUACGAGAUCCAUGUUGAUGACUUUCCACGAGGUGGCUGAGCGUACGAAAAUCCACUCCGUGCUGCUCGGCAUGAUUCCACGGGACGGAGAGAUCAAGUCGCCCGAAUUCGCCAUCCAAUCUUAUUGCAUUGAGCAGCCCGAAGAUCCAUUCACCGGCCAGCCCGCGGUCAAACACCUCCAGUUCCCCGCCGGAAGCGUUUCCGUUAUUGAUCAGGAGCAUGCUUACGUUGAACAUGGUUAUGGUCCGACGAUUCUAUCGGAACAUUUGAGGGCCUUUAUCGCUACUGAAUGGGGCUCUGUCACGGAUCGGAUCAACUUAGGACCUGGUGAAUUGAAAAUUGGCUUGGACGUCCAGAGUAAGACGAGCAUGAGCUUGUUUCGCUCCGCGCAGCAGGAUCUGACCCUUUCGCUUGCGGAUAAUCUCAUUCGCCCUGAACUGCCAGGGCAAUUAACCGGCUUCCUUGAGAAGAUUGCGACGAAGCCUAUGAUCCGCCGGCUAGAAUUCCCCACCAUGCAGGAUCUUCAUGCCUUCGAGGCAGCUGUUACUGGCUUCCAGGUGCUCUAUGAUGGUAUGGCUACAUCAUUCACCAUCUCCCGCCGACGGAGUAUGGUUCCCAUUUACAAGAAAUGGGAAGCUGCGCUUGCACGAGUCCAGAUCGUUCGACAAGAGAAAGUAGUUCAAAUGCUUGCUUUCUUCGGAGACUUCCAGCAUGGUACAUGUAUGAACUUCGUUCUUAAGGGUACUGAUAUCAUGGAGUCCUUUGGCCGGUCCGGCAAGUUCGGCAUUCGUAUGGUAGAUGCCAAGUUCGCACUGCCCAAGAAGGACGAUAAUCCAGCCUCCAACUUUGUGUGCCUUGACAUGCCCGAGUAUCCCAUCGAACAUGACGAUCUCACCGUUACAUUCGAUACAGAGGCUUCACGCGCAAGCUUCAAGGCAGCUCUUCCUGGAUCAGUGCGAGAACCAUCCCGCAUGGGCUCUAUCCGCCGAUAA